AUGCCGCCCAUGCCCAACAUCCGCAACACCUCCUCAUCCAACGCGACACUGUCAGCAUCGACACCUAUAUCAUCUGCGCAGGUCAUUGCGCUGGCCAGAGAGGCUAUGCAGAAUGCCCUCCGAGAAAACGAGUCCCAAGCCGCGGAAGCUAGUGCGGUCAGUAAUGACCUGAAGCCAGGCGUCACGAUAGAUCUGAGUCGGAAGGGGAUCCAGAAGCUCCCCGAGGAAGUGGUGGAUAUCAUCAAGAAUGAACUUGAACGACUUGCCUUGUCUCACAAUCAAGUCGCCUCAUUUCCUUCAAGAUUCGCCGAGUGCACCUCACUACGGUAUCUGAACGUCAGGAACAACCAGAUCCGAGAGUUCCCCCUGCCUUUGUGCGAUCUGAAAUCGUUGGAGAUUCUCGACUUGAGCAAGAACAAGUUGAGGGUGCUGCCCCCGGAGAUCGUCAAACUUACCUCGUUGAAAGUCUUUUCAGUCCAGAGGAAUCGCAUCGAAGAAUUGCCUCUUGCUCUAGCCGACAUGGUAUCAUUGCAGGUUCUCAAGUUCGACGGGAAUCCAAUCAGUUUCCCGCCACGCGAGGUUUUACAAGUCCAGGCAACCAGUCCGCCGAACGAAGGAUUCCUGAAGGAAAGUGAGGUGACGGAGAUUGCCGUCACGUCUCACAUCAAAAAGUACCUCCGACAAAAGGUAGUCAGCAAUGGGCGUGCCGAGUCCGAAAGCGCAGACGAAUCCAGUGAGAGCAUAGAAACACCACGCAUGCCACCGAUCAAGCGAGUCACCAGCGGCCGAUUCCCCGUCAAGGUCAACGGCGCAGACCCUCCGGACAGCAUUCGAUCACCAGCUGCCAUUCGAGCCCCACCGAUCCCUUCACGUUCACAUUACCGAGGCCUGUCGCAGCAGUCAUCAACUAUGCGAAGACCGGGCGUCAUGCCUCUCACCAUCGGCAACGUCAACGAGCGCGUCAGAAGUAACUCCGAAACUGUGCUCCAAGCAUCAAGAGGCGAACGGCCAGAGUCCCGCGCUCGGCGUAUGGGUGUCGUUUCGCAAAAACAGAACCAGCUUGGCACCUUGGACGAGACACAGGCCAACAACCGAUUCAGUCACUAUCGCGGCCUUAGCCACGGAUCUGCCAUGACUGGUGCCCCCGUGAGCAUGGCACUCAAGAGCCCCAACAGCCCUGCUGAGCCUUUUCUACAGCGGCCGGUCUAUGUACGGCGACUGUCGAUCCUGCCUGAGCGUCGACGCGAGUCUAAGGUGUUCGACCCUAUUCUCGAGGCUGCGAAGGGCAUUCUAUACGCCGUUUUCCAGAUUCAUCCAAUGAUCCAGAUGUUGAUGAGUCUGACUAGCGACGGCUCUGCUAAGAGGUCGAGCCUCGAGAUGAUUUUCUACAACACGAAUUCACAUGUUGAGGAGCUAGAGCAAGAAAUUCAGAACCACGAUCCCACGGUGGGCGGCGAGGACCAGUCCGGCUACGACUCUGGUUAUAAUGACGAGAAUGUGCGGCGGGCGUGCCAAACACUCGUGGGCGCCUACACCCAUGUGUGUGCUCUUCUUACCAACAACAUCGACUCUUUCGUCGACAAUGGAGAUCCACGGUACAUCCGGACACUCUUGAUGCUUAUCUACAACAGCGUCAUGGAGAUCAGAGUGACUUUGCUCGCCAUGCCCUCUGGGCAGAGUCAGCAACCAUGGGACAACAGGGGCUUCACCGGGAACACCAUCAAGCCGCACUCGCGUGAUAACUCCAACGCUGUAACCCCGACUGCCGAUCGCAUGGGGCCGCCGCCGCAACGCACACGGGGUCCCCAGUAUCUUCACAACCCUAGCAACCUCAGAGUUGCCACUGACGUGCCCAUAUCAUACGUCAACAGCAACGGCAACGGAGGCAACCGCACCGCAACCCUAACGUCGGCGACCCCUCGAUCUGGGGAGUCAUUUUCCUCCAAUGUAUCGAGCAACCGUGGCAUAUCUGAUUUUACGGAUGACGAUCGGUACUUUGAGAAGAUUUUCUUGAUCCUUCGAAGGUCUUCUGAUCUCGUCAUGCGCACCCUACCCAUGUUCCAGAGCCAGCUCGCCAACGGUGCGCGGGUAGCAGCAGGGCAGCGUGCUUUGGAGGACGAGAUUCGACGCUGGAAAGGGCUGAUUCAAGAGUGUGGCCGGACCAUACAACAAGCCGAACUGCUCAAGAACCGCCUUUCAUUGAUAAAGCUGAAGGAGCCAGGGGUCAUGGGACAGUCCUCCUUCCGGAGCUUGAUCAAGAGCUUCGUCAAUGCUUGGGCAGAGUUUGCGACCGAGGUCAAAUAUGCCAGCCCGGUAGUUCCCCUGCCUGGUGAUACAAGAACGAGACUGCGCCCGAUUCACCAGGCGAUGAAGGAAACGUCAGACACCAUCUUGUCAUCGCCAUGGGGGUCGAUGCUCUCUCACACUGGCGGCACGCAUUCUUCCAGCUCCAGCACCAUCUUCAGCCCUGGCAGCCAUCAGCUCAAUAACCCUCCAUACCAGAUGCCCAUGACGCCGCAGAGCGCAGCUCUUGGCCCGGCCGUCCAGGCCACGGUGCCGUCGACGCCUCAGAGCGCGUCAUUCGCCGCAGCGUUCAACGGCAACGUUUUCGAACGCGCUGACGCCCUCAUAUCCAUGGGUGGCAUCUCCAUGUCUCGAAACAAUACCCUCCUCUCCAACCAUGGCAACCACAGCUUCUCGUCCGUGGCAUCCCUUGCAUCGGACGGCUACAUGACGCCCUCCUCCGCCAUAAGCCCCGGCGGCUUCGGUCCCGGGCCCUACCACUCCCACUCCCGCCUCAAUGGCAGCAAGGUCGCCUUCUAG